GAAAUUUUUCAUCCAAAUUUUUCUUCUCAAAAUUCAUAUCGAUUUUGUUUUCUAUUUUUAAUUUUUAAAUCUGAAUAUACUUUCAUUGAAUUGCAAACAAAAUUAUUUAAGUGAUUCAAUAUUAUAUAAAAAUCUAAAAGAAACAAAAUUUCUCCCAUAUAAACAAUUAAAGCAAUGUCGUCAAGAGUCCUCAAGAAGCUGCAAGGCGAUAAUGACUUGGAACUCCAGCCUGAUGAUGGGAUCGAAGAUCAGGGAUCCGACGAUACGGAUGAAAUUGAUUUGGCAACAUACGAUAAGCGCAGACAAUUGAAUAGGAAUCCCUUUGAUUUGCUGAAUCAACAAAGCCCCUCAGAGAGCGAAGUGAAGGAGGACGACAACGAGACGGAGCAUGCAUCAACAGCAGCUAAUCUCCCCUCGGGACCAAUUUCCAAGAAGAAAAAGAAGAAGAGGAAGAAGAAAAGCGCUAAACAUCAUGGCAAUCAUAUCAGCAGUGAGGAUAACGAUCUAACGGACAAAUAUCUAAGCGACAUUGAUUCAUUGAUUGGGAAGGUUUGUGAGCCUGGAAACACUGCAACAGCAACUCGUGUCGACUUAGACAAAACUUUACUUUCGGUUGAGUUGAAAAACCUUCAUCCGCUUAAUGAAAUGCGUCGCACAUUUGGUAAACGUGUUGUUAAACUUGAGAACAAGCGAGGUCGUCAAAAGUUGACUCUGAAGUCAACCUACCUGGUGACAGCUAAAGAAAGUUGGCCACCACUGACCAAGAACAUAAUCACCAUGAAACCAUGCGCCCCACCAGAAAACACCGAAGCAUCAUCGGGCAAUGACAAAACUCAAUGGUUCGCCUUUGAGCAUAGUCAAUUCUAUCAGGGAGUGCAGAAUAUGUUUCUCACCGCUCUGGACACAACCGAUUCGGACCAACUUGUGAAUCUAUUCACACGCUGUCCCUAUCACGUGGACACAUUGAUUCAGCUGAGUGAAAUGUGUAAAAUCACAGAUGACACUGCAAUGGCAUCGGAUCUAAUACAGCGAGCUGUGCUGGUGCUGGAAACAUCACUGCACCCGAGUUUCAGUCUAGUGUCGGGCAAUUCCCGGUUGGAUUACAAACGGCAAGAGAAUCGGGGCUUUUUCAUAGUGCUCUUCAAACAGGCGCAGUAUGUUGAGGCAAGAUCGUGCUGUCGAACCGCAUUUGAACUUUCAAAGCUGAUACUGAGCUUGAAUCCUGAUGUUGAUCCACUCGCAAUGGUUCUCAUUAUAGAUUACUAUGCUCUGCGGAGUAAGCAAUAUGCCUGGCUGGUGAAAUUCUACGAGGAUUGGGAUGCUAAGAGGAAUCUAUCGCAGCUGCCCAAUAUGGCGUAUUCAUAUGCUUUGGCUUUGUUCUACUUACUUGGAGACUGUGAGAAAGCAGACAAGGCUCUGCAGUAUGCGCUGCUCAUGUUUCCCGGUGUACUUAGACCGCUGUUGGACGAACUUUCCGUUCAAACCGAUUCUCGUGUGAUUGCAGCUUCAUACUUUAAUUCUGGAGUUUCGGGAAGUCAAUCGCCGGCGUUGCAUCAAUUGGUGUCGCUCUAUGUUUGCCGAGCCAAGGUCGUUUGGCGGGAUACGAGUGUUUUGCUUUGGCUUGAAAGAAAUGUCAACACCGUUUUGGAUAGGGUCGACAAAGAGGACGAAAUUGUGAACGAUUACAAUUCUAAACGAUCACAGAGAUAUGUUUCCCCACCCCGACCCAUACUCAGACACGUCAUUCUGUCUGAUUAUGGAAAGAAGGUUCCACUGGCACAAUUUGUAGCAGGAGAAAAAGAAAUCAAUCUGUAUGAUCCACUGCCCCCGCUGGAAUCCAUCAACUUUUAUGAAAGGAAAUCUUCAAGUAGCAGUCCCACAACAGAAAACAAUCGCUCGAUUUCCAUGUUUUUCCAAUCACUUUUGCCAACAUUCAAUUUACGGGCCCAACAAAAUGCAGCCGGAGCUGCUGGAGCAGUCGCCGCGGGUGGCAUAGUUGGCGGUGGAAUAGGAUUGCCAGUUGCCGCCGCUGCAUUACCGGCUCCCGCUGCAGCAGUUGACGAUGAAGUUGCACAAGUAGACAGACACUUGGAGGAGUUGAAUAUGAAUUUGGAAAAUGCCGCCGCUGAAAAUGACGCAGCUGAAGCAGAAGUGAAUGCCUCUUACCGUGAACUGACAAGAUCAUUGACAUCAGUUGUGGAUGCGAUGCGAGAUUACCUGUCCAGCUUCCACAUCACCGAAACCCAAUCCCAAAAUGCUGAUGUCGAGGAGAAUGGCAGUUCCGAAGAGGACACAAGUGAUUACUUUGAUUAAGUUUACAAUAAUAUUAUAUAUCUUUUUUUUUGUCGUUUGGAAAAUCUUUUUAUUUUAAAACAUUUUUGUGUAUUUUAAAAAUAAAGAAUAACAUCUGCUUUGUUUCUUAUGUUUA